GCAUGGUGCUCGUCCUGGCGCCCGCUGUCAACUUGCCUCUGCAUCAUCAUGAAGGGUUUAUGGUCGAAUUUGGCACAUCGCGGCGCUACGGAGCCGCUCUCUGUCUCCUUCAUGUCUUAUCUCCCAUUUUAUUACCAUGCUUCUUCGGUUCGCGCAUAUCUGUCCCUGGGAUACCCUCGUCAAUCGCCCUGUCUGUUGCUGUUUUUGUUUCCGUUGAUUAUCUCUUUCUUGUUCCAAUGUUUUGCAGGCGACGGUCCGGGUUCUCCGAUUCGUCUUCGGUGCCGUGACGCUUUUUUGAUUCCGGACCCCCGGCCGAGCUGGCUGAGAAGCCGCCAUUAUGGGCGACUUCGACCGCGGAUUCCAGGAUGAGCUCAGUACGUCGAGUUGGUCACUUUACGGCGUCGGCGUGUUCAUUAUUAUGCUUAGGCUGUACUCUCGGGCGAGGCGUCUGAGUGGCGUGACACACUACCAAAUCGACGAUUAUCUCAUGAUGCUGGCAGGAGGCCUCUUCACAGCAUUGAUAGUCUGCCUCAACACCAUCGCCAAAGGCGGUGGCUCGAACCUUUACCCUCCCGAACUCGACGGCACCUUCACCGCCGAAGAAGUGCGCGAGCGCAUCUACGGCUCCAAGAUUGUCAUCGUCUCGGAGCAGGCCAUGCUCAACCUCAUCUACACCAUCAAGACGUGCAUGCUCAUCAUGUACACCCGACUGACCCUCGGCCUCAACCAGCUCCAAGCCGUGCACUACCUCGCCAUCUAUGUCGCCUGCGGCUGGCUCGCCUCGGAAAUCACUUUCUUCACCGCCUGCAGGCCCUUUGAGGGCUACUGGGGCAUGCCGCCACCGGACCCGCAGUGCACCACGCUGCAGUACUACGCCAUCGUCACGGGGUGCUUCAACAUUAGCUCUGACCUGCUUAUGCUAGGGAUCCCCAUCCCGCUCGUGCUGCGUGUCAAUAUCCCCUGGCGCAAGAAGGUCGUCUUGCUCUUCAUUUUCUCGCUCGGUAGUUUUGUCAUCGUCGUGGCUCUGCUCACCAAGGUCUUCAACCUGAACGAUGUCUGGGACCCUAGCUACAUGCUCUGGUAUACGCGCGAGGCCUCCGUCGCCGUCUACGUCAGUAACCUACCCAUGAUCUGGCCGCUGCUGCGCGAGUGGUUCCCCUUCCUGCGCUCUAUCGGCUCAAGCAACGGGAGUUACCAGCCCAACUCGGGUGCGGGGCGGAAGCAGUAUCGCAAGGGCAGCGUGGCGCUCGAGUCCGGCAAUCCCGCGCGCCAGAUCGGGUUGGUUUUGUCGCCAAGUCAGAAUCGCCCCUCAAGGCCAACGAGUCUUGAUUCAUUCAACAAUGACAUCGAGAUGGGCAACACGUCGAGCGAGAGCGCGGGGAAGGACGAGACGCAGUUGGACGAGACGCAGUUGGGUGUCGCCACUUCCACACGCGAGGAGCAAGUUGUGGGUACGCUGGGACUCGAGUGUGAGACGGGCGGUAUUCAGGUUGAGCGGACGAUUGUGGUCCGAAAGGGGAGCGGGGGGGACAAGGGGCCUGGUAUCCAUGACUGGGACCAAGAGGGGACUUCAAACCACACCGUUAAUGCUGGGAGCCGCAGAUGCGAAACUCACCACGGAUUAGUGGGUUAUGCUACUGUAUAGGAGUACUUGGGAUGGAUUUGUGGCAUUUCGCAUCACGCUAGAUCAUGAUCACAUCGGGCUCGGCAAAGAGGGUACAGAGGCGUUUUCAUUGAAUAUAUAAUAUAGAUAUGGCCCGAGAUACAACUAGACAGGCUAUUAGAGUGGACGACUCGGAUUGAUAAAAGGUUGGCAGGCUCGCGGUUGGAGUACCUGAAUUAAUCGACAUAUUAGCGAGGAGUUUGGGGUUUCCUGGGGUUAUCAUGUACAUAUUUUUCAAUCAUCUUGGACUUUUGAUUUAGGAACUGACCCGAACCUGAUCAUGACCUCUCGUGACUCGUGUUGGACCAAAUUGACCGUCAAAAGACGAGGGACCCACUCGUUGUAGAAUGAGG